AUGGCCGACCACGACAAGCCUCCCGCGUACGGCGGUCCUCCUCCCCAACCUCCUCAGCAAGCCUACCAGGGUUACGGCUCCCCUCCGCCGCCCCAGGGCCCCGGUGGUUAUGGCACUCCUCCCCCAGGCCAAGGACCCUACUACUCUCCCGGUCCUGAGAUGGGUUACCCUCAGGGUCCCUACCCGCCUCCGGGCCAGUAUCCUCCUGGACAAUAUCCCCCCGGACCUUACGGCCCUCAAGCGCAAUACGGCCCCCCCGGCGGACCUGGAUACCCGCCCCCGGGUGGCUACUACCAGGAUAACCGUGGCGGCAGCGGCAGCGGCGGUCUCAUGGCCGGUCUUCUCGGUGCUCUUGCGUGCUGUUGCUGUCUCGACUGCCUGUUCUAA